UCGGAGCGCUCCGUGCCUUUUUACGCAGCGCAAGUCUGCGCGGAUCUUCACUCUUCUUUACUUGUGCUGCAGCCGGAGGAGAUCCCCUGUCUUAUUCCUUUGGAUUGCACGUGUUUUCUGUGGAAUUUGCGCUUUUGCUCUUGGACCUGUGACUCUGUGCAUAAAGGAAUGUCUUUGUUGCUGUUUUUUUUUACGCACUUUAAGUUUUCUCUCGGUCUGCGCUCUCUUUUCCCCGGGGUGUAAAUUGUGAGAAGCAGCAAACUGGUCGCACCAAAAGCCACAAAAACGGUUUUAUUUUGAACAAGCGGUGGAGGAGAGGUGCGGGGGUCACGCUGCUGUGUUUUUCGUGGCAAAAUAAAAAAAUCUCUGGCGCUGCGCGUUGUGUGACAAAACCUGCAAUGAGGAACGCACAUUUUAAAACCCGCAACACCCCCCGCACGGAGCUUCCAGCCGUGGCUUCGCUCGGACGCACUUUGUAAGAAGGAAGAUCUGCGUGCACUGCAAGUGUCGUCGUGAGGAGCAUGCAGUGACAGUCAUGCCUGUUGAGAUGGAGAAGACGGUCACCAAGCUGAUGUACGACUUCCAGAGGAACUCGACUUCAGACGACGACUCGGGCUGCGCGCUGGAGGAGUACGCCUGGGUACCGCCGGGACUCAAGCCUGAACAGGUGCAUCAGUACUACAGCUCCCUGCCCGAGGACAAGGUGCCCUAUGUGAACAGCCCGGGAGAGAAAUACCGCAUCAAACAGCUGCUCCAUCAGCUCCCGCCCCACGACAAUGAGGUGCGGUACUGCAACAGCUUGGAUGAUGAGGAGAAACGGGAGCUGAAGCUUUUCAGCAACCAGCGGAAACGGGAGAACCUGGGCCGCGGGAACGUCCGCCCAUUCCCGGUGACCAUGACGGGAGCGAUCUGCGAACAGUGUGGAGGACAGAUAAAUGGCGGCGACAUCGCCGUGUUUGCGUCGCGGGCGGGGCACGGCGUGUGCUGGCACCCAGCCUGCUUUGUGUGCAACAUGUGCAGCGAGCUCCUGGUGGACCUGAUCUACUUCCACCAGGAUGGGAAGAUCUACUGCGGGCGGCACCAUGCCGAGAGGCUGAAGCCGCGCUGCACGGCCUGCGACGAGAUCAUCUUUGCGGAUGAGUGCACCGAGGCCGAGGGCCGCCACUGGCACAUGAAGCACUUCUGCUGUUUUGAGUGCGAGACGGUGCUGGGGGGCCAGCGCUACAUCAUGAAGGAGGGACGGCCCUACUGCUGCUCCUGCUUCGAGUCCCUUUACGCGGAAUACUGUGAUUCCUGCGGGGAACACAUCGGCAUUGAUCAAGGCCAGAUGACGUACGACGGACAGCACUGGCACGCCACGGAGGGCUGCUUCUGCUGUGCCCGCUGCAAACGCUCGCUGCUGGGCCGGCCUUUCCUCCCCAAGCAGGGUCAGAUCUUCUGCUCGCGCUCCUGCAGUCUGGGGGAAGAGCCCAACGGCUCCGACUCCUCUGAUUCAGCUUUCCAAAGUGCUCGCUCCACCAGGGAAUCCAGACGGAGCUCAAAGACAGGGAAGAGUGGAGGAGGGGGCGGUGUGCAGACUGAAAGAUUUUCUGGGGAGGUGGACCCACUUUCUCUACAAAUGGACCUUCUGAGUCUCUCCAGCCAAACACCCAGUUUGACCCGUGAGCCUCCUUCCUGGCAGAGCCAGGAGGACGAAGGUGGCACUUACAGCUAUGAACCCAAGACGAAUCCAAUCGCCAACCCCACUCCUCUGCAGCUGCUCAGCCAGUGCAAUGUCAGGAGUGCCUAUAAUCCUGGACAGAAUAACCAACCGCAGGAUCACAGGAUCAAGGAGAACGGAGGUUUGAAGAGACCGCCCAUCUCGGCCAUGAAAGGCCAGUCUCUGAACGAGGCGUGGUUCCAACAGCCAGCUCCGGGGGAAUACUAUCCACCCAAACUGAGGACCCAGAAGAGCUUCACUGAGGUGACCCACUGCUCUCAGCACCGCAACGGCUUCUCUUCAGACAAGCGCUCGAUAAGUUUGCACGGCUUUCAGAGGGACAGAGAUGCCGGCCCGUCAACGACCAGUCAAGUGGCAAGAAGCAGGAACCCCAUCAAUGCACUUAGCUUCACCGAGCAACUGACUCCACUUGAGCAAACCCCAAGAGGAUCCAUGGAGUCCUUGGCUCUGUCCAAUGCUACAGGCAACUCAGCGGAUGGCGGAGGAAAGCGCCAGGAGCAUCUUUCUCGUUUUUCAAUGCCGGACCUGAGUAAAGACUCUGGAAUGAAUGUGUCGGAGAAAAGCAACAUGGGCACUCUCAACUCUUCAGGGCAGUUUCGAAGCUCUGAGUCCAUUCAUAGUCUCAAUGCUAAUCAGGCCUACAUGGAAAUGAUCCCGUCCAGGUCCUCUCAGUACCAGGUCCAGUUUUGUGACCCUCCUGGCAGGGCUGUCGGUAUGGGCAUGAAUCAUUUACCGCCUGGCUUCACCUUCCAGGAGGAGGACAGGAUUAGUUUGGUUAGUAGCGCCAAUGCUGCGCGCCUGCCACCCAUUAACGAACGCAGGAUUGGUGGCGUUAUGGGUGGAGCUGGAGUUGGUGGAAGAGGUUCGACCGUCCGCAUAGAUGCUCCAGAAGACACCCCGCAAAGGCGUCGGCACCACCAUCACCGAUCCCGCAGAUCUCGUCGUUCUCGUUCGGAAAACGCCCUAAAUCUGGUGGCGGACCGCAGGGCAAGGCCACAAGAAAGGCCACAGAUGCGUGUCCAAGAGGAUUACGACCGUUUCCCUCCGCCAAGGAGCGCCAGGGACCAGCUGGGAGGUGGAGUGGGAAGAUACCAGCCCCCUCUCUUCAGGCAGUGCCCCAGGACCACCUCAGACUUGACUUUACAGAACCCAGGGGCCAGCAGACGCACCGGCUUGUCCCAGUACUCCUGGGACGACUACUAUGACGACGAUGACUGGUGCUCCACUUGCUCUUCAUCCUCCGAAUCAGAGGACGAAGGCUACUUCCUGGGCGAGCCGAUCCCCAGGCCAAUACAGUUGCGCUACCUCAGCAACCAGGAAUUGGUUCAUAAGUACAACAACGCAGGGAUGGGAGGGUCCAGUCGGAGCGGGCAGCUGCACACCCGCAAACGCCGAAAAAGCAAGAACUGCAUCAUCUCUUAACAUUCUGACAUUUGGUCGUCCAAAUGACCGUUUGUUCAGCUCGUGUACACAAACACCCUCCAUCUGGAACCAGACACCAAAACAACCAGUCAAUUUAUUCAGUGUUUAGUGUUGAUUAACAUGUAAUUGAGAGUCGGUGAUGAAUUACAGUCGGUAAACAGUGGAAACACAACAAUGUUUGCAUGUUUGUUCAUUUUAAUGUUUCAGAUUAUCUCCAGAGUAUUACGGCUAUCGGACGCAUCACAAUGUUUAUCUAAAAACUGAUGUGCAAUCAAUUUCAAUAGUAACUCCAUUUCAAUGCAGCCAACAAACAGUUAAGGUACAGUUUAGCUUUUUCAUGCAACGUAAUUGAGUCAUAGGAUGUACUGUACAAUUGAAUUCAGCUCAUAGUGUGUAUAUAGAUAAAUGAAUUAAUAAACUCACUUAAGUUAAGGAAGUCUGUGUAAAUAUGGUUGUAAAUGAGGCCUCACAUAUUUUUAUAUUUUCUAUGGAUAGAAUCAUUUAUGUAUUGGAUAUCUAUAAUGUAGAGAUAGAACACCACAGAAACAACUUAUGCAUGUGUUAUUUGGCUGACCUGGUCCUGCAUUUGGAAUAAAGGAGUAUUUCAGUGA